AUAACUAGGCUAGGCUAGCUGCCCUUUGCUUUGAGCAGCAGACUGAUGCUUUCUUUCUUGGUUUUGUAUAAUGUAAUUCUCCUUCUUCUUCUUCUUCUUCUUAUUUGAUUCCCCCCUCCCCCGCUCUGUAUCUUCUCUACGAAAGCAUUGGAUGAUGGUUCCUCAUCUUUCUUCUUCCUGGUCUCCUCAAAACCCUAGAAAAGAAAUCCCAUAGGACCCUGGCGGCCGGCAAAGACCAUUUAUUUCUUCUUCCCGGCGAAAUUGAAGCCUUCCCUUUUCCUAUUCCCAACAACACCGAAGCCAUGGACUCUAUUCUCCGCUAAAUCCAAGGCAUGAUAGAGCCAUGGCAUAAACCCACCUCUCUUCUCUUCUUUCUUACCCUCACUGACUGACUAUACACCAACUACUCACCAAAUUCUCUUGCUGGAGUGGUGCCUAUCGUCAGAUCCGCCAUUGACGGCUACAACUGGGUGGAAUUCAGAUUCUCUAUCAAGCUUUUGCUGCUACUUUUCCGCUUCCAUCCUGUCUAUAUGAUUGCUUCUCUCAAUAUUGCAUUCUGUUGUUAGCAACAGGCUUAUUUAUGUGGGUAUUCUCAGUAACUGAAGAUUAGAUUCAAUUUGUGUGUUGCUCGCUCGCUCGCUCAUGAUUCCUCACUACUAACUUUCUAGCUUAAUUCUUUUUGCUUCGUAAGUUUGAUGAGUGAGACCUUGGUUUAGCUCCGACAAUUUGGUGUUCUAUUAUCUAUAUAUGGAAUUUGGAACAACUCUUUUUAGAAUGGGGUGGGUGGGGUUUGGGAUGAUUAUCUACUGUAGUUGUAACUGCUCAUAGAACGAAAGAUAUAUUUGUGUUCUCAGGCUUAAAAGAAUUUCACAGGACCGGAAGAAAAAAAAGAGGUUGAAAACUGUCCAGAAUUUCCAUCAAAUUAUCAAGAGGCCUGAUCUACUAAAGGUUAAGGAAUAACACGUCUACGUUUUGUCCUUUGUAGGUUCCUCAUUCUCUGUGAGUCUUUUGGUUUCUUAUGAGAUUCAUUCUGCUGUGGGCUUAGUGGUGAUUUUGCUGCAUUGUCUAGAACUAGAAUAGUUCUCAUUGUCUUGACCUUUCACGAAUCUCAUCAUUAGAAAGUUUUGUCAUUUGGCAUGCACGGUGAUUUCUCCAGAUUAGCAAUUUAUUAUGUGUGAGCUUGAUUAUGAACCAAUAUGUUUGUUUACUUUUCAAGAUACAUGUUCAGUUGGAUUAGUGUUACCAAUUUCUUAGUAUGCCAUGAGUUUUGAUCACAACUACAUGUUCAGUAAUAGGAUUAGUGGUUCCAAUUUCUUAGUAUGGCAUGAGUUUUGAUCACAACUACAUGUUCAGUAAUAGGAUUAGUGGUUCCAAUUUCUUAGUAUGGCAUGAGUUUUUUCCAAGAUCAGAAAGCUUCUUCUUGACAACCCUGUCUUCAACGUCUUUCUAUUAAGGAAUAGUUAAAAAAUCAUUUCUACUUAAACUAUAAUUACAAGUGCAACUUAGUAGGAAGGAAGUUCUGCUGAGAGAAGUGGAUCGCAUGCAGCUACCAAACAUGAACUCCCCCUAGUCAAUUUCCAGCUCCCAAAAUUCUAUAACAUCAUCCGAAUUCCUCGUCCUCCUGACCAGGUAAAACAAGGCGCAACAGAGGGCAGUGGUCGCAAUGAAAGCAGAAGCAAUGGUCAGAAUGUUUGCUUCAGUUUGUUUUAGGUAUCGUUUAAAGGAGUCAGAGGAUUAUUUCGGUAUGUGAAUUUUGUGAUUGUAUAUCUUUCUUCCAACCUCCUAAAGGGUUCAACUUCUCCUGCAUUUUUUAUUUGUUCUGGAGGGCUAUUUAGUUCUCGCUUUGUGGUGAGGGGAGGACAGGAUGUCCAUCUUAGUAUUUCAAUGUGAACUAAUAUUCCAUGUUUAAUACGAGUUAUGGUUGUUGAUUAUCGCUCUUCCUUGCCUAGGUUGUUACUGAGGUUGAGACGUGACAUCGCUCCCUUUAACAUAAAAUAAGUUAACAAGUUGUUUUAGCUUUCAAUUUGAUAGUAAAACAAGAGUUUUAGUGUUGUUAUUGUAUGAUGCGGAGGAGGAAGAACUAUGUAGAUACCAGUACUCAAACCCAAGAUUAUAUCGUCACUUAUUAUGAAUUUGGUUACCUUGCCACAAUGACACUGUCGAGUACUGGUGAAACAUGAUUUUUAGUGGGUUAUAAAAUGUUCUUCCAAAUUCCAACUUCCAAGUAAUGAAAAGCACUGUUAAGCCUACUGUGUUAGUGUUAACUAACUUCUGAUGCUUGUAUGGUAUUUGUUUGUACCAUCUAGCUCGAGGUAUGAACAAUGAUAUUUGUUGGUGUGGGGUUGACUCACGAUCCGUUCGUCUGAUCUCGUCGGGAAGGAAGAAACCUAUAAAAGAGCCGGGAUGCCCCCGGAUUAAGCUCCGACGAUCAAGUUAGUUUCUGUUCAAAGUAAGAGUUGAGUGAACAAAGUAGAGAGAUAAAGUGUAGAGAUAUAGUGGAAAGUGAAAGAAGUCUUUCAUUUGAAGGUCUUCAAACCCUUAUUUACCUGUAGCGAGUAUCGAGCGUCGCGCAUCGCCGAUUGUACACCCUACUACUUAGUCUGUGCACAGAUUAUUUAGUAACACUCCCAAUAGUAUUCUCUAGCAUCAUUCUCAAUUUAACUUCCUAUUGAUUACUUUCUCACUUUAUCAUUACUUUGUGAUGUUAUUUUUUCAAUGACAAAAACAUAAUCAAAAAUAUGUAAGGGUUUAAGCUUGCUUUGAAAUUUUUAUAUAUAUAAAUUCAGUUGUUUUGUGCCACCUCUUUACACAAAUUAUGCUAAGUUAAUUUUUCAUUUCUAACUAUUUGGUUGACGUAAAUUAAUUAAAGUAUGUUACAAAAAGUUUACCCGGCGCAAAGCGCGGGCUAAUUAGCUACUGUAUGAUUAUAUACGAUAACAUAUCAUUCUUAGAGAUGUUAAUCAGUUUGGUUAAUCAUUAAUCAAUUUGGUGGAUAGUGGUUUAACCUCUAAUCAAUUUCACGAUCCUUGGCGAAAUGGUGGCGGCGACCGUCGUCGUCGUUGACGGCGAUAGGGCGUUUAUCGUGGUGGAGGAGGAGAGGGGAAGCGUCUUUCUCGUCGCGCUUCACCGGAGACGAAGUAGCUGUAGCUCUGGCACCGAGCGAGCUCGAGAGCCUCAGCUCCGCCAUGACUCGCUUCGGACUGUAAGACGCCAGCUCUUUCCAGUUCCACCACCUAACUUUCUACUACUACUAAUUCCCUGCCGCCCACCAGAGAAACAAGAAGAGGGGAAUCGGGAAUUCAAGGGAAUUUUCUCUGGCCGUCGUCUCUUCGUUUUCUUCCAGAUUUCUGUUUCAGUUCUCUCUCGCCGAGUCUGAGAUCACAGUCCAUGUGAAGUUGUUGAGUGUUAACCCAACAAAGCUCCAGAUCGAGUUUCGAGAUAUCAAUUGGGGUCCAAUUUCGUAAUUAUGGAUAAAGUGUGAUGUGAUUU